CCCCGUUACUAGUUACAAAAGUUGCAUCCUGUUACCGGCAUGGCAUCUGUGAGUGGAACAAUAAUGCCAGUUGCCGCCCCACUAACUCUUCGUAUAGUAGCCGAGUGUACGGUUAGCAAGGCACGGGCAUGUGAUCUUGUGUUACCGCAUGGCAGUGUUACUACACCGGUUUUUAUGCCGGUAGGGACACAGGGCACUUUGAAGGGAAUCACGACACAGCAGCUGGAGAGUCUGGGUUGUCACAUUUGCUUAGGGAACACUUACCACCUGGGGACUAGACCAGGUCCUGAGCUAAUCAAGAAAGCGAAUGGCCUUCAUGGUUUUAUGAACUGGAAGCGUAAUUUACUUACAGACAGUGGUGGUUUCCAGAUGGUAUCAUUAGUUGAAUUGUCUGAGGUGACAGAGGAGGGUGUCCGGUUUCAAUCCCCAUAUGAUAAAAAGGAAAUCUUACUAACGCCAGAGAAAUCUAUUGAAAUACAGAAUGCACUAGGUUCGGACAUUAUGAUGCAACUGGACGAUGUUGUCAGUAGUACGAUUUCAGGACCACGAGUAGAAGACGCCAUGCUUCGCUCAGUUCGCUGGCUUGACCGCUGUAUUGCUGCAAACAAGAAUCCUGAUAAGCAAAAUCUGUUUGCUAUAAUUCAGGGAGGGCUUGAUUCUGAGCUACGGAAAAAGUGCCUUGAAGAAAUGACCAAACGAGAUGUGCCAGGCUUUGCUAUAGGGGGUCUUAGUGGUGGAGAAGAAAAGGACCAGUUUUGGAGAAUGGUGACACUAAGCACAGACUACUUGCCUCGAGAAAAACCUCGCUACCUCAUGGGUGUAGGAUAUGCAACAGACCUGGUGGUGUGUGUAGCUCUAGGAUGCGAUAUGUUUGACUGCGUUUUCCCAACUCGUACAGCAAGGUUUGGAUCUGCCUUGGUCCCCUGGGGUUCUCUGCAGCUUAAGAACAAGCAGUAUGAGAAGGACUUCAAGCCUAUAGAUGAGAAAUGUGACUGCCCCACGUGUAAAAGGUGCACACGCGCGUAUCUUCAUGCAUUGUUUAAGACUGACACUGCUGCUCUUCAUUACAUAACGAUUCAUAACAUUGCCUACCAGCUGAAUUUGAUGAACUCAGUACGUGCAAGUAUUAUCUCACAGAACUUCCCUCAGUUUGUUCAGCAAUUCAUGAAGACCAUGUACAUCCGAAUUGAGGACUACCCAAAGUGGGCAGUGGAUGCUUUGGAAUCUGUCAGCAUAAAACUAGAAUGACACUGGAUUGUGUUGGGUGUUUGAGAUUGCAUAUAGCUGUGUGGUGAGAGAGGACUCUGCAGGAUUGGGGGGUGGUAUGAUAUAAGAAUUCUGGAAUGUCUGAGCAACCACUGUCUGAACACCAUGAAACUAAUUGUGAAGAAAUACUGUUUAGUUGAAGAGCAAAUACAGUGUGUGCCUUUCAGAAGUCUCCAAUUGCAGUUGCAAAUCUGUUACCAUAGGUUCAUAGGUUGGUACUAGGCUAUCGGCCCUAGGGCCUAUACAAGCCUAGCCAUAACAAUUCCCUGGCUAUUUCUUCCCACAGUAUUUACU